AUGUCUUCGAAAAUUGGUGAUUCGGCAAAGCAAAACGGAGAUGCAUCAUCUGAGCAGAAGGCUGUUCCAAGAGAUGUUAGAUUGUUGCACUUGAUUUUUGCAACGCAAGGGUAUACAACUGGUGUUUUGCAGGAUGCUACACUGUAUAACGAUCACGCUCACGGCGCUGGAGCUCAUGUUUCAAAUGCGGGUAACGCUGGAACUAACUCGCCGCUGACCAACGAAGAUAUAAGGCUGGCGAUUGCUUCAAGGACAAACUACCAGUUUAAGCCCGUGCCUCCUAAAGAGCUUUUGCUGGAGCUUGCGGCUGAAAAGAACAGAAAGCCGUUGCCUCCAGUGAUGCCUUCAUGGGGUAUACGGCUCCCUCCUGAGAAGUUUUGUCUCACAGCGAAAGAUUGGAGUUUGAGUGAUGAGGAGAGUGAAGUAAGUUGA